CCUUCCCCACCACCAUUCAUUCCAAUUCUCUCCAUUUUAGCCUUCCUUUUUCCUUCCCCACCACCCCCUAAAAGUUCAAAGCUUGAGUAAUCUAAUUAAACCAGAUAUGGCUAUCAAGAAAUCAAACAAACUACCUCAAACGGCAGCUAUCAAACACAUUCUUAAAAGGUGCUCAAGUUUUGGCAAAAAACAUGGUUAUGAUAAGGAAGGAAGGAUUCCAGAUGAUGUACCUAAAGGCCAUUUUGUUGUCUAUGUUGGAGAAAACAGAAGCAGAUACAUAGUUCCAAUAUCAUGGUUGGCUCACCCUGAGUUUCAGAGCUUGCUUCAAAGAGCUGAAGAGGAGUUUGGCUUUAACCACAACAUGGGCCUUACAAUUCCUUGUGAAGAAGUUGUGUUUCGCUCUCUAACAGCCACGAUCACAUGAAGAAACGUUAAUAAGGGGUUGGUUAGGGGAUUGAAGAAAGAUAUUGAAGUUGCUUUGCUUCAUUGCAGUUAUAUAAACAUACCGCUAUGCAUGACAUGAAUGGUUUUUCUGACUAUAACUUAUUGAAAUUAUCUUCUUUUUAAUUAUUUAUAAUAUUGUAUAUUGUGCAUGUACCUAAGUUUUUCCCUCAAGUGGCACGUAUUACACUUGCUCUUGAGAGUAUCCUUAAAAGUAAUGAAAAAAUUUCAUGGGAAAAUCAAUGUUCUUUUACUUGAAUUAUGUCUGUCUUUUCUUGCUCUUCCACAACCAUGUACUUAUGUCGUCAAUAGCUUCAAGAUCCUAAUAAAAUGAAGAGUUUAGAGACUUAAAACUAGACGAUAUGAGCUAGAAAUAUACUUGUAACAUAUACUACGUGGGGUUGACUUUGUGGAGUUCAAGUUUCUUCAGCAAGUUGAAUAUCAGGUCUUGCAUUGGUUAGUGGCUAGUGCAUGAACUUGAAGUACUUCAGAUGGAGAAAUUACUUUUGGCAGCUUACUCAUAUCAAAUCAUCCAAACGUUCUUUCCCCUUUGCUUGGGAUUGAAUGGAUAGCAGCUACUUUUAUUAUUGGCUUCUUAAUGUGAAUGAUUACUAAGUAGUUCACCUGUUAUAAUCUACAGCUAAGUUCUAACAUGAUUGGAUAUGCUAUAUUUUCAACCUCAUGCAGCAUGUUUCUUGAUCUUUUUUAGGCUGAAACAAAAAACU